ACAGCAAUCUUAUCGUCUCUUUUUUACUAUAAAUACUACAUCUUGCAACUUUCAACAUUAUACUCACAACGCCUUCUGAAGAAGCAACAGUGGGAAUUUUCUCAACAGAAAUCAAAAUGAUGAAGAGCCUGAUUCUGGUUGCGGUGCUCGCCGCCCUAACUAUCUGCAAUGACGCAGCUAGUCUUCAAAACCCUGCCUUCAGGGCUAACCUGUACCAGGGAGCCAUCAGACCCGGAGACAGACUGCUUCACAGCAACUACUACUACAAAAAUCCCAUCACCAACGCUGUGCAGUACCAGGACAUCACCUACCGUGGCAACGCCAGCACCAGGAUCUCCUACAUCCAAGCCACUGAGGUCGGCUACACACAGUGGGGUAUCCCAUCCCUCAGGGCUGGUGGUGUCAACUUCAACCACGCUACCAUCAGGCUGACUUCCCAAAGAGGCUACGGCUACUACUACCGUGUUGAGAUCUGGGGUCGUUAAGACAACCACCGAUAGAACGAUAGACAACAAUGAUGGAUUAACGAUAUGAAAUUAGUAUUAUAAGCGGGUAUUAUUGUGUAUAUAAGAAAAUAAGCUAGUCUGACAAAGCUCUCAUUUUAAUAAAAUUAUGUUAUGCUAAACUUA